AACCUCCUAGAUUUACUAGUUUAAUCGAGUCCAAAACAUGAAGAUCCUAGUUGCAUUCGCAUUGAUAAGUUUGGUGGCCGGGAAGGCAGUCAUAGACUCCCCUGUGGAGCUCGACUACCAUGGAAAGAUCGGCAUUCCUUUCGCGGCUCGCCUCAAGGCUGCUGAAGAGGCGCUGGACUUCGAUGGAUCCAGGAUCGUUGGAGGAGUUCCCGUCGCUGUGGGACAUUAUCCGUUCAUCGGCGGCCUAUUGAUCACCCUGACCACCGGCCAGACCUCCGUCUGCGGUUCCUCUCUUAUCUCCAACACCCGCUCCGUCACCGCCGCCCAUUGCUGGAGCACCCUGGCCUUCCAAGCAGCUUCCUUCACGGUGGUGCUCGGCUCAAACCUUCUCUUCUCUGGAGGCACCAGGGUCACCACUAGUGAUGUGGAGUCGCAUAGCAGCUGGAAUGGUCUCCUGCCCGUUAAUGAUAUUGCGAUCAUUAGAUUCCCUCCUAUUGCUUUCAGUAACACGAUCCAGCCCAUUGCGUUCGCCACUGGCAGCGACAGCUUCGUUGGCAGCACCGCCUAUGCUGCUGGGUUUGGUCUCACCAGUGAUGGUGGCGCGAUCACAACAAACCAGUUCCUCUCGCACGUGGCCGUCACAGUGGUGGACAACUCCGUCUGCACGGCAGUUUACACCAUCCUGAACGUGCGCACAUCCACCCUCUGCACUUCUACCACCGGUGGCCGAGGGACUUGCGGUGGCGACUCCGGCGGUCCUCUAGUUGUUAACAACCAGCUGGUCGGUAUCACAUCCUUCGGGCACCGCGACGGCUGCGAAGUCGGAUACCCCGCGGGCUUCACGCGCGUCACCUCGUUCGCUGACUGGAUCCUGGCUCGAUUGUAAUCAUAAAUGGCGUAAUAUUCAUAAUAUAGACAUUAAUAC